CUCUGUUGUCAAUGUCAAGUCAACAAAUUGAUGAAUAUAGUGAGUUGGGCUGUGAAAGUGGCUUGUUUGGAUUAAUCUAGGAAUUUUCGUAGCAUAAUUUAUAAUGCCGAAAGUACGUCGUAGUCGCAAACCUCCCCCAGAAGGAUGGGAACUCAUUGAGCCUACUUUAGAAGAAUUGGAACAGAAAAUGCGAGAAGCCGAAACCGAACCACAUGAAGGCAAACGCAAGCAGGAGUCACUGUGGCCAAUUUUUAAAAUUCACCAUCAGAAGUCGCGUUACAUCUACGACUUGUUCUACAGACGUAAGGCAAUCAGUAGAGAGUUGUAUCAGUACUGUUUGGAUGAGAAGAUAGCGGACGCCAAUCUCAUUGCUAAGUGGAAGAAGACUGGUUAUGAAAACUUAUGUUGUUUGCGUUGCAUUCAGACCAGAGACACAAACUUUGCUACCAACUGCAUUUGUAGGGUCCCUAAGAGUAAGUUAGAAGAAGGCAGAAUAGUGGAGUGUGUUCAUUGUGGAUGCAGAGGGUGCUCAGGAUAAGUUAGAUUUUAGUAAAAACUUAAUUUUAGUCUGCUUUUUCUAUGGUGUCCAAUUCCAACUUUUUGUUUAUAACCUUAAUAUAUAAAAUGGGAAUAGCACUAGACUGAUUCUAUAUUCAAUUUGGUCACAAGAAUGUUCAUAGAACUAUAAAAUUUUUGUAUUUGCAAUAAAUUUUUCCUAAACAUGUAACAACUGCUUUGUGUUAUUUUUUGAAUUGCAUAAUUUUGGAAGUAUUUUUUAUGUAAUUUUGCUAGACAUGGAUAUGCACAUGCAACAUGUCAUUUAAUCUUAAAAUAACUUGAAUUGUAAGUGAAAUGUUACAUUUUGUGAGCAAUAAAACACCAUGUUAUUAACAUUUUAUAUUGAACUAUUAUUAUCAUCUUACAAUUAAGAAGAUAUACAUAUUAUUAUGUAGUAAUUGGCAUUUUCUACUAAAUAAAUACACAUUUAAAUAAAAUCAAA